AUGAAUUCCAAUAAUUAGAUUGAAUUCUACUUGAAUUCAUAACAAGUGGAUUUUAUUUAAAUGAAAUUGCCCUAGGGUUUCUCCUUACACUUGGCUAGUCUAAUUCAUUAGAGGGAAUAAAGGAUUGUAAUAUUUGCAUAUAUCAUAUCAAGUCUAAAAAAGUUUCCAAGUUUGAUGCAACAUUCAAGAAUCAUAAAUUGGAAUAGACAAGCCAGGAAGAUGUAGUACCAAGAAGGGCAUAAAGAAUACAACCUCAAUAAUAAAAGGAUAAAAAAGAGCCAGAUAAUAAACCAUAAAAAAUUCUGCAAAAAUAAAAGCAUCAUUAAUAUAAUUAAUAAUAAUCUUAAUAAUCGUAGCAAUAAUAAUAAUAACAACAACAAUAAUAAAGUCCAAAAAUUGUGUAAUAAAUAGUAUUAAAUUAAGAUCCAAGAUGUAAAAGCAAAUGACUCAAUAAGAGAAAUUAAGCUUAGGGGAAAACAUAAAACAAUUAAAGUAUGAAUAUUUGAGAGGAGUUUGGGAAAUAGUAUAAGAGAGUGUUCAAGCAAAUGGUGAUGAUGAAGUAGAAUUUGACAUUGAUGUACUCCCUACUAAAACUGCUAGAAAAUUAGAAGCUUAUGUAACAACUAGAUUGUAUUUCUUACUUAUUUAAUAAUUUAGAUAAGCAAAAAAACAAAAAAAUGAUGAUGAAGAAAAAUCCUUAGAUCCUGAUUCUUCAGAUUAAUGA